GGGCAUGCCAGGCUGAGAGACACAGAUCAGAGAAACAGUCGAGGAGAAGAGAUUAAGGAGACAGAGAACAGACAGCACACAGACUUCACUUCAUCAUCCAGAACAUCAUCAGACAUCUUUUCGGAGUACGUGUAGGAGAUCAAAAAGAAGUCAGGAUGAUCAUCAAGACUUUUAUAGUCACCCUCAUUGUUGCUGUAUUUUACAGCCAGCAAGCGGAGGGACUGCUGCGAGCCAAGUGUCCUGGAUACACUACUAUGGCUCCAACAUCCACCAUAGCUGCCACAACAGACAUCCCGGCUACAGUAGGGAGACCUACAGGACCCUCAACAAAUGCAGCAACCACCGGGGCAAACCCCACAGGACCAUCACCUACAGGACCCCCAACAAAUGCAGCAGCCACCGGGGCAAACCCCACAGGACCAUCACCUACAGGACCCCCAACAAAUGCAGCAGCCACCGGGGCAAACCCCACAGGACCAUCACCUACAGGACCCCCAACAAAUGCAGCAGCCACCGGGGCAAACCCCACAGGACAAUCACCUACAGGACCCCCAACAAAUGCAGCAGCAGCCACCGAGGCAAAACCCACAGGACCAUCACCUGCAGAAACUUCAGCAAGAGCAGCAGCAGCAGGAACAGCCGCAGCGGCAGCAAUUGCAGCAACUUCAGCAGCAACAGCCGCAACAGCAGCAGCAGCCACCACUGGACCCACAGCCGAAGCAGCAUUAGCUGCCGCAGAGGCCGCCUCAGAAGCUGCAGAGGAAGCAGCAUUGGCUUCCGUAGCCGUCCAAAAUGGAACUCUGACACCAAUUCAAGCAGCAGAACUUGCCCAAAAAGCUGUAGAUGCAGCCAAAGCAGCAGCAGUAGCAGCACAAAAAGCAGCUGACACUGCACCAGCAUCUACAUCAGAUCUAGCACACUCACUGGCAGAGCUAUUAACAAAUGCAACACUUGCAGCAGACAAAGUAGAAGAAGCCAUAUUCAAUGCUGCACAAGCAACAACAGGAGAAGCUGCAGAGGAAGCUGCAGUGGACACAGCACAUGCCACAAAAGAUGCAGCCAAAGCUCUAGAAGAAAUACAAGCUUUCCUUGCAGCUGCAACAAACAUUCCAGAAGAAUUGCAAGAAUCUGUGAAAGCAGCAGAAACAGUCACAGAAUUGACUGCAGAGGCAGCAACUAAAGCUAACAAGGCAGCAGAGGCCACAAAAGCUGCUGCAAAUACAACAGCUGAAGAAGCAGGAGCUGAAAAUGAACCCAACGCAAUUCAAACUUCUAAAGAAGCAGUGGAAGCAGCUAUGAUGGCUGCAGAUGCAGUAAAAGCUGCCUUUUCAGCAACAACAACAGUUCCUACAGUAUCUACCACCGCAAAACCCACAGGACCAUCACCUGCAGAAACUUCAGCAAGAGCAGCAGCAGCAGGAACAGCCGCAGCGGCAGCAAUUGCAGCAACUUCAGCAGCAACAGCCGCAACAGCAGCAGCAGCCACCACUGGACCCACAGCCGAAGCAGCAUUAGCUGCCGCAGAGGCCGCCUCAGAAGCUGCAGAGGAAGCAGCAUUGGCUUCCGUAGCCGUCCAAAAUGGAACUCUGACACCAAUUCAAGCAGCAGAACUUGCCCAAAAAGCUGUAGAUGCAGCCAAAGCAGCAGCAGUAGCAGCACAAAAAGCAGCUGACACUGCACCAGCAUCUACAUCAGACCUAGCACACUCACUGGCAGAGCUAUUAACAAAUGCAACACUUGCAGCAGACAAAGUAGAAGAAGCCAUAUUCAAUGCUGCACAAGCAACAACAGGAGAAGCUGCAGAGGAAGCUGCAGUGGACACAGCACAUGCCACAAAAGAUGCAGCCAAAGCUCUAGAAGAAAUACAAGCUUUCCUUGCAGCUGCAACAAACAUUCCAGAAGAAUUGCAAGAAUCUGUGAAAGCAGCAGAAACAGUCACAGAAUUGACUGCAGAGGCAGCAACUAAAGCUAACAAGGCAGCAGAGGCCACAAAAGCUGCUGCAAAUACAACAGCUGAAGAAGCAGGAGCUGAAAAUGAACCCAACGCAAUUCAAACUUCUAAAGAAGCAGUGGAAGCAGCUAUGAUGGCUGCAGAUGCAGUAAAAGCUGCCUUUUCAGCAACAACAACAGUUCCUACAGUAUCUACCACCGCAAAACCCACAGGACCAUCACCUGCAGAAACUUCAGCAAGAGCAGCAGCAGCAGGAACAGCCGCAGCGGCAGCAAUUGCAGCAACUUCAGCAGCAACAGCCGCAACAGCAGCAGCAGCCACCACUGGACCCACAGCCGAAGCAGCAUUAGCUGCCGCAGAGGCCGCCUCAGAAGCUGCAGAGGAAGCAGCAUUGGCUUCCGUAGCCGUCCAAAAUGGAACUCUGACACCAAUUCAAGCAGCAGAACUUGCCCAAAAAGCUGUAGAUGCAGCCAAAGCAGCAGCAGUAGCAGCACAAAAAGCAGCUGACACUGCACCAGCAUCUACAUCAGAUCUAGCACACUCACUGGCAGAGCUAUUAACAAAUGCAACACUUGCAGCAGACAAAGUAGAAGAAGCCAUAUUCAAUGCUGCACAAGCAACAACAGGAGAAGCUGCAGAGGAAGCUGCAGUGGACACAGCACAUGCCACAAAAGAUGCAGCCAAAGCUCUAGAAGAAAUACAAGCUUUCCUUGCAGCUGCAACAAACAUUCCAGAAGAAUUGCAAGAAUCUAUAAAAGCAGCAGAAACAGUCACAGAAUUGACUGCAGAGGCAGCAACUAAAGCUAACGAGGCAGCAGAGGCCACAAAAGCUGCUGCAAAUACAACAGCUGAAGAAGCAGAUACACAAGUAGAUGAGAAGGAAGCUCUAUCCACAAACAACGCAAUAGAGGCUGCAGUGAUUGCAGCAAAGGUCGCGAGUGAAGCCUCAAAAGCUGCAUUUCCCAAAACAUUGGCUCCAGGAGCAGCAGCUACGCUGACAGCAGCAGCAGCUUCUGCAUCAGCUGCAGCAGCUUCCACAGCAGCAGCCGCAGCAGCCGCAACUUCAGUAGCUGCUGGAGCAACAACAUCUCCAGAUGCAGAAAAGGCUAUAAUAGCUGCAAAGGAAGCAGCCAGAGCUGCUGUAUUAGUGGCUGCAGGAGAAGAACCAGCAAUAGUGGCAGCAAAAGCUGCAACAAAAGCUGCUAAAGCCGCCCGAGCAGCAGCUGAAGCAGCAGCACAAGAAGCAAACACAGCACCUGAAUCUACAGCAGCAGCAAUUGCAGGACUACCAGGUGCAGCAUUAAUGGCAGCAGAGGCAGCUGAAAAAGCAGCAGCAGCAGCAGAGAUGGCAGCCUUGGGUAAACCGACAGCAAUCAUUGAGAUUGCAGAAGCAGCAGAAUCAGUGGCCAACACUUCAAUUAAUGCAGCAGAAAUCUUUGAAACUAAAAUAUCCUCUGCCAGUGAUCCAGAAGCAGCAACAAGGCUCAUGUCAAUGUCAGCAGCAAAAGCAGUGGCAGAAAUAUCAGAGGCGGCAGCACGAACGGUAUCAGCAGCAACUGGAAUGGAGACAACGGACGAAAUUGCAGAAAUCAUGAAAACAGCAGCAGAAGCAGCAGGAAAAGCUGCAGAAGCAGCAGCAACAGCAGCAGAAAAUGCACUACCAAAUACAAACAUCAUUCCUUUGACAUUGCUGCCAAUUAAUCAAGUGCCAACAAUAUCACCACCAGUCACAGAAGAACAAGCUGUGCUUGUGACAACAUCCACUGCAGCAGCAGCAGCAGCAACAGCAGUAGCAGCUUCAACAGCAGCAGCCGCUGGAGUACCUGUGUCUGAAGCAAUGAAAAAUGCAGUAGAAGCUGCAGAAGUAGCAGCCAAAGCUUCUGCAUUAUUAGCUGCAGGAGAUACAACAGUAACAUUAGCAGCAAAAGCUGCCACAGAUGCAGCAGAUGCAGCAGAAGAAGUUGCACUAGAGGCAUUACAAGCACUACAAAAUGCACCAGCAUCUACAGCAGUUGUAGCAGAACAAAUAGCAGAAGCAUCUUCAAAAGCAGCAAAGGCAGCAAGAGAAGCAGCAAGAGCCGCUACCAUGGCUUCACAUAAAGUAACACCAGAAGCAAUUACAGCAACUGCACAGGCUGUAAGAAGGGUUGCAAGAGAAGCAGAAGGAGCAAAAGAAGCGUUGUCAGCAGUUACAGAUGAAAUAGCAAAAGAAAUAACAGAGGAAACACAAGCAGCAGUUGCCAUAGCAAAAACAGUGGCAGAUAUGGCAGAAGCGGCAGCAAUUACAGCAGAAACAUCAGCAAACAUUGCAUCAACAAACAACACAAAAAUAAUGAUGUCAACAGCAAAGGCUGCAGCAAGAUCUGCAGAGGCUGCAGCUGGAGCAGCAGCAGCUUUAUUGUCAAUAGCUUUUACAGAAUCAGAAGGAAAUGCAACAGCAAGACCAAUUACCGUUGAGACAACACAAGCUGAAACUGCAACAGGAGGGGCUGCGUUAGAAGCUAUAGCAGCCAAAGCACAGGAAACAGCUGUAGCUGGAAUGACAUCAGCAGCUGCAGCAGUAGCCGCCGCAGCUGCAGCAGCUGCAAAUUCUGCUGGAGCAACAGAAGAAGCAAAAACUGCUGCAAAAGCUGCCAGAUCAGCACAAAUAGCUGGUGCAUUACUGCAAGAGGGGUUAGUACCAAAAGAAUUUGCUGUAAAUGAAGCAAGAAAAGCAGCAGAGGCAGCAGAGGCAGCAUCACAAGCAGCAAUACAAGCCGCAAUAGGAACAAGACCAGAAUCAGCAGCAAAGCAAGCAGCAGAAGUAGCAGCAUCAGCUUCACAAUUAGCAAAAGCAGCAAAAACAGCAGCAGAAGCUGCAGCAGAAGCAGCAUCUGGUAAUGCAGACCAAAAAAUGUUGAAAGCAGCUGAAGAAGCUACCAAAAGAGUUGCUAUGGAAACAGAAGACGCAUGGGGAAAAUUAGACAACGUGUUAUCAGCCAUUCCAGGGCCGACAGCUGAGGAGAAGGCAUCAAUACAAGAGGCCCAAACUGUGGCAAAGAUGGCUCAAACAGCAGCACUGGCAGCAGAGGCAACAGUAGGAACAGCAGCAAGUGCAGUGUCAGAACCAACAGAAGAAGAUGCAGCAGACCUGGUAGAAUCAAUGGCAGUAUCAUUAGACGCAGCAGCAUCAGCCGCCUCAGCAGCAGCAUCGGGUGCAGAAACAGCCGUGUCAAGACAACCAACACAGGCCAACACAGCAACAGGAGCACCAGCAGGAUCUGCAACAGGUGCCGGAGCAGGAACUGGCACUGGCACUGGCACUGGCACUGGCACUGGCACUGGCACUGGUACUGGCACUGGCACUGGCACUGGUACUGGCACUGGCACUGGCACUACUUCAAGUUCUUCCGGAGCAGGAUCAGGAUCAGGAUCAGGAGGGUCCUCGGCAGCAGUGAACAACAAAAUCAGCAUCAUUUCUGUCACAGUGGCUGUCUUAGCUGCUGCACUCCUUUAAAGACCAGCAAAUUUUUAUUUGUGUUUCACGAUUGAUGGACUCUUUUUGAACGUUAAAUGCAGAGAUGUAUUUAUUUAUUUUCCUAUAUCAAACUUAUACUAUGUAUUUUUUCACUAUGCAAAUCUAAUAUUUUACCUUUUAAAAGCCAGGUUAAGAAAGGUUGAUUUGUCCUCUCACUUUACUACCUUUACUAAUCAUUAACAGUUGCAAACAUAGAUGAUGUUGAAUCUUUGAAAUAGGUGUAAGUUAUUCUAUUUAUUGUCCUAUUUAUUGUGUACAUGUGUAAAUUCCAUUGUUCAUUGCUUGAAUGACAAAAAGUGAUUUUAGGAUUAAUGUCAAGUGAUUGAAUGCGCGUGUGUGUGAGUGUGUCUGAUCAUUAUAUGAAGAUCUGUCUGAAGAAAGGACCUUUGUGAUUGUAUGAAGUGAUUCAAAUGAUUCAUGUUAUUGUCAUUUAAAUUGUUUUUAAUUCAUGAUUCUGCAACCAAAAAAACCCAACAACAGAUGCACUUAUUCUUGGCACUUAUUUGUGAUAAUUAUGUUCACCUCUCAAUUAAUCAAUAAAUGAAGGUAAACUGUAAACUGGUCUCUUCUGUUU